AUGACAGUCUCCGGAUCUGACGUGGCAGGUGCCUCCUGUUCUCAAUUCCAAAUCAUCUCUUCCCUCCGCUUCGACCCAGAUCUUCCCGAUGCCAUUGAACGCAACGCUGCAUCCAGCUAUCCUGAACCCAGGAACUCGCCCUAUUACCUCCUUCGCUAUCACAGAGACCGUCUACUUAACGCAGCAAUCCAUUUCAAGUGGCCAGCGGCGAUUGAGUUCCUACAACGAGAUUUAGAUGAAUUCACACAGACACUUGACCCCUUUAUUCCUGACAGGACAAGGCCAUGGAGACUACGCAUUGUAGUGGACAGUAGUGGAAGCUGUACUGUUGAUGUCCAUCCCACGACGUCAUGCCCUCCUCAGUCUCUUUUCAUUCCGUCUUCUUUUCAAGUUCAUACAUCAUUGAGUCCAAACUUCCCGUGGCGCCUCUACGUGGAUUCGCAAACAACAACUCCUUCCGCUUUUACAACACAUAAAACCACAUCUCGAGAUCAUUACGCUGCAGCGCGAGAGAGAGCGGGAAUUCGAUCUCCACAGGAUCCGCUAGAGGUCCUGUUGGUCAAUCCCCAGGGAGAAAUUAUGGAAGGGAGCAUCACGACGCCGUAUUUUCGACGGCGUUGCCCAGGCGUCUCUCACGGUGUCAACGACAAGGAACAUACAGAUAAUGACAAGUGGGUAACACCACCGCUGUCCAGUGGCGGAAACGCCGGUGUAACGAGGCGGUAUGCUCUCGAACACGGAUUUUGCGUAGAGCAGGUUGUCCGGGCAGAGGAUCUUGUAGAUGGAGAGGAGUGCUGGUUGAGUAACGGGGUGAGAGGGUUCAUCCCUGCUGUAGUUGUUCUGAAAAGGUGA